ACGAAACGUCGAUCGUGACUGGUAUUGUUUUGCAUUAGCGACUUGUAUAUCACUUUUAAGUCGGGUCGAGUCGAGAAAGCGAGUGUUAAGAGUGACGAGGGAAGCCGCGACGCCGAGCCGAGAGAUGCACCGCCGGCCGUGCGACGUGUGAACAGUGGACCGAGUCGCCAAACCAGCUGCCCAGAACAUGGAUGAACUCAGGAAAAGGAUCCCAGAGAAAAAGGAGAAAGACCCUUCUAAACUCUCAGAGGGUGAGAGUGACCAGAGGGAUGAUGUCGAUUCGGAGGAUGACAAAGUUGACGUGUCGCAGUCGAUUCCGCAAGGGACGAACAAGACACCUGACGUAUUGGACAGUGCGCUCAGCGGUCUUCCGCAAAGAUGGAAGAAUUGGAUCGUGAGAGGGAUAUUUACACUUCUUAUGAUUGGGUUGUUUGGACUCAUUAUUUAUUGGGGUCCAUUGGCACUCAUGAUAACGACUUUGCUAGUUCAAGUCAAAUGUUUUGAAGAGAUCAUUAACAUUGGCUAUGCUGUAUAUCGAAUCCAUGGUCUGCCAUGGUUCAGGUCUUUAUCGUGGUAUUUCCUUAUCACUUCAAACUAUUUCUUUUAUGGAGAGAGCCUUGUGGACUACUUUGGCGUGGCCAUAAACCGAACAGAUUUCUUGCGUGUUUUAGUUACUUACCACAGAUUCAUCUCGUUUUGUUUGUAUAUUGUUGGUUUUGUGUGGUUCGUCUUGUCAUUAGUCAAUAAGUACUACAUGAAACAGUUUUCUCUAUUUGCAUGGACACAUGUUUCACUUUUAAUUGUGGUUACACAGAGUUAUCUGAUUAUACAGAACAUCUUUCAAGGUUUAAUUUGGUUUAUUGUUCCGGUGUCGAUGAUAGUGUGCAACGAUGUUUGGGCUUAUUUGUUUGGAUUCUUUUUCGGGAGGACUCCACUGAUCAAGCUAUCUCCAAAAAAGACCUGGGAGGGCUUUAUCGGUGGAGGAGUAGCCACAGUAAUUUUUGGCUUGAUUGCUUCGUACAUCCUCUGUCAGUAUCAGUAUUUCGUUUGCCCCAUUGAAUACUCGGAGUCAUUGGGAAGGAUGACUAUGGAAUGCGAUCCUUCUCCGUUGUUCAGGCCGCAGCAGUACACUCUACCAGCAUUUUUGGGACGGCUCACAGCAACAUUUGGUCAUGAUGGUACGAUUACGAUGUAUCCAUUCUUACUUCACUCACUCUCCAUGUCCAUCUUCAGCUCUGUGAUCGGCCCCUUUGGGGGAUUUUUCGCCAGUGGAUUCAAAAGAGCUUUUAAAAUAAAGGACUUCGGAGAUGUGAUUCCCGGACAUGGUGGAAUAAUGGACAGAUUCGAUUGUCAAUACCUCAUGGCGACGUUUGUAAAUGUCUACAUUUCAAGUUUUAUUCAGACAUCAUCACCACAGAAAAUUCUCCAACAAGUUUUAAACCUUAAACCUGAACAACAGCUUUCACUUUACUACAUGUUGAAGGAAGCUCUGCAGAACCAGGGGAUUCUGGGACAGCAUUAAAUCAAAAAUUUUGUUUUUAUAUUCUCUUAGGUAUUUUUUUUUUUUCUUUUAAAAAGUUGUAUCAUUCUUUUACCAAGGUUUGUUUUGUUUAUUCUGGAUAAAUAAAUCUAUCCAAUUUAGUUUAUUCAAAGUCAGUUACCAAAUCGCCAAAUAAUGUUCUGCCUUGCAUGAAAUGUGUACACUUGUGUUUACAGAUCAUUUUACAAAAAUUCCAGUUUAAAAAAAUUACAGUACCUGUCUUUUCCAUUCCAAGUUUAACAUUUACCAAAUGAUUGGUGAUGAAUUUUUCAAAAUUUCGAAUUUUUUAUUGUAUUUUUCUUUGUGUGUUUUUUUAUGUCUGGCCUCCCUAUUUUGAAUUAUUGUUAAUCAAAUGGAGUAGAAUAAGAUCAAUCAUCAAAAAAGAAGAAUGGACAACAGGCUUAAAACCGAACAAAUCGAGGAGUGCUACAACCAAAAAUUCUCACUUUUACGCUAUGAGUAAAUAAAUUUUGGAAAACUUAUUGCUCAAUUGUAUCAACAUUCUAAAGAAAAAUUUAAAUGUUUGAUUAUUAAACAUCUUUAAAAAUAAAUUGCAGUGUAAAAAAACUUAUGACUUUUAUAUAGUUGGCUAUAAUGGUGUGUAAGCACUCCUCUCGAAAAUUAAAAAAUUAUAUAUAUAUAUAAAAAAAAAAAGAGAAUUUCCUCUGCCUGAUUCCCAUUUAGGCAUAUUAUUGAAACGUCAGGUAGGGUUUAUAUGUGUCAAAGUAGUUAGAUCCAAGACUGAAAUUUAGGUAAAAAAGUCUUCUAAUUGUCCAAAAGUCUAUAAGAUAAGCUCCAAAAGUUUUAUUGUUCACACAUGUGAAUUAUAUUAGAAUGUGAUUGUUUAGCCUUCUUCUAUUAUUUUAUAUUGUUAAUUUUCAUUUUUAUUUACAGUAUUUUCCCAGUUUUAUUUAUUAAUCUGAUCCAAGUAGUAUUAGCCAAUUUGUUAAAGCGAAUCGGUUUUUUGUAUGUACCACACGCCAUACGUCAAAGUGGACCCAGUUAUGAAUUGUUUUUGUUUUGUGUUUAUAUUAUAUAUUAUUUGUUGAUUAAAAUUAGCUUGACCAAUUUUUUAAUAUAAUGGAAAAAAAUUAUAUUGUUAUCAGUGUAUGUUAUAAUAAUGUUUUACGUAAGUAAGUAAGCUUGUAUUUGUUAAAAUUGUACUACUUAUGUGUAUGAGGUGACCUUUAAAUAGAUACUACUCCCAAUGCACUCGGUGUUUUGAUGUUUUACUGAUGUAUUGAUCAGAGUCUGUUAGUGAAAUAUAAAUUAUAUAUAUACGAGAAAAAUUAUAAUUGUUUAUUAUUUAGGGUACGAUGAAAAGUAUGUUGAAUUAUUUAUUAUUAUCAAGUGUUUUAGUGGUUACUGUUAGAAGGAAAGAAAACAUUAUAUAUAAAAAUGAGGGAAAAGUGAUAGUAGGGUAACACUGUGCAAUAUUGAGACACAUUGUGAAGAAAAUAAAAUUUAUUCCAGGGA